GCAAAGAACAACAACGGCAACUAAAGCGAGAAACAUGAUUUCGGGAGGGCACCGGGGUCGGUCGGCGGCAAAUGCAGCGCUCAUCAAGGGAGUUGCUGAGAACAAUGUUAGAUGCUUGGAUCUGAAUUCUGCCGGUUUAGAUCAGCGGCAGCUUGGGCUCCUCGUAUCGGCAAUCCCGAAGUCCUCAUCGAUAGAGACUCUAAAUUUGGGAAAUAACAGGCUCGGGGAUGAAGGCUGUGAGCACAUUGCCGCGGCGUGUCGAGCAAACUCUUCAGUCAUGGCCGUUGACUUGUGUGAGAAUGGAAUUGCGGAUCGGGGAGCUUCUGCCAUCGCUCGUGCCAUUGUCCACCAUCCAACGCUCAAUCACCUGUACCUGGGUUUUAACAACAUUGGUGCCCAUGGAGCAGAUUCGUUGGCGAGGGCACUGAGACUAUCCUGUCCGCAGUUGACGACGUUAGAUCUCAGCCACAACAGGAUCGGUGACGCAGGCGCCUGCGCAUUAGCUGGGUCACUGAUAUCGCUGACCACAUCAAACUUAAGGGUGUUGCACAUUACGGACAAUGGCAUUGGGGAUGCAGGGGCGAUAAUGAUGGCGUCUGCGGUGUCGCAGACCCCCUCACUGAGGAGCUUGCACAUCGAGAACAACCCGAUCGGGUCGGAAGGGUGUAAAAUGCUUUCUGAAGCAAUGGCAAAUAACCCAGAUAAGCGAAUAUACUUGCAGACGGGGUUCUCAUGACCUGACGAGGCUGGGUGACGACUGGCAGUGACGAAACUCUUCAUGCAGAUGGGUCGGUGAUGGAUGAGUUUCGUGGACGAGAGUUUGUUUGAAGGGGGUCCGGAUUUUUUCGGUUGUAAAAGGACGCUCGAUUGGGACGAUAGGGACUUAUGGCGGACUUUUUCUGCAGCAUUCCUUCAGAUUGACAACAACAAGGUUUUCUUGGGGUUUUGCCAGAGGGGGUCCAGGCAGUGAGGGGAAAGGACGGGAAUUGGGUUGGGUUCAGUUGGUUGACUCCUCGGACGUGGCUGAGAAGGAGGCUGUUCCGUCAUGCCCGCAAAAGUCCUGUUGAAGCCCACGAUGAUUUCUCUUUCCUUUUUUUUCAUUUAGAUUGUGAUACUGGUAUGACUCGAGAUUAACAUGCUUUGCCAAGCUGGCUCUGGCGGUGGGAUAUAUACACACACACACACACACACACACACAGAGAGAGAGAGAGAGAGAGAGAGAGAGAUAGAGAGAGAGAGAGAGAGAGAGAGAGAGAGAGAGAGAGAGAGAGAGAGAGAGAGAGGUAUAGAUAGAUACAUAUAGAUAGAUAUCCAGUUGUGCAAGCAAGAAAAUGUAAUAUCCAUAUCGACUCCCCAACCGAUCUGUCCUUCCCAUCCCAUCCAUCCGUCCAUCCAUGCAUUUCUUUCGAAGGCAUCGUAAUGUCCGAUCCAUACCUCCGGCUUUGCAAGGCAGUUUGAGGAGGACGCUUCUUCUCAUAUGCGUCAGCAUUUGCACCCACACUGACUUUCACACUCUCUUAACACUAUUUAACCUAUCAUCCAUCCAUUCCCUAACCCCCCUCCGCGCCGCCCAACCACCCUCGCUGGCCACCCACCCAAUCAGUCAGAUAGCCAGAGUCUUCUGGCAGUGGUCUGCCUGUUGCAUACCAACGACCAUGGAAUUGCAGAUUCACCCUGAUGUCGAUGUUUCUAUCGAUGGAUGGCAGACCACUAACUGAUGAUGGACAUGCUGAUUUAAUGUUGUCUUCCUCUUGCUGACUUUGCUAGUGACAGGUAUGGAGUGUUAGGUAUAUAUAUAGAUAUAUGUAUAUGUAUAUAUAUAUCUUGCAGAUGCUAGCUGGCAUGGUUGGAACUUCGAACGUGAUUGGGUUUGCUUGUGCACAUUUGAAGGAGAUGAGAGGUGGAAAGUGAUGCUAGCUGGCAUGGUUGGAACUUCGAACGUGAUUGGGUUUGCUUGUGCACAUUUGAAGGAGAUGAGAGGUGGAAAGUGGGAAGAAGGGCAGUGGUAGUGAACAGGAGCAGGUGGGAGAGGGGAUAGCACUCCAGGAGGAGAACACUCCAGGAGGAGAACAAGGAGUAAGAAAGGGCCAACUCCUGCAAAUGUGGUGUUAUUUAUGAGGAAAUUCAUUUCAGGGACGGUGUGCAUCAAAGACUCUGAAGGUAUUGUCAUGUCCAGUCCACAGACUGUGUGAGAAGGUGUAGAGGGAGGAGUCCCCAUGAGUACGUCCUGAUCCCACCCUGUGAACUCGUCUGAUUCGUAUCUCAUGGAGUUUUUUUUCCAUGGUUACCUGGGCCAUCACCACACACCACAGAUCUUACCUUGAGUGCUUUUUUUUGGCCUGUGGGUCGCAACAUGAUUCGUCUUACCCCUGACUUCAUGUCGUCUACUUUGUCAUCAGCACCUGGAAUCAGAAAAUGUGAGUGGAUUUUUGGGAGGUGUGGAUUUUUGGAAGGUGGCUAUCCUUGACAGAGAAGUCCCGUCGAUUCAGUGUCUCUCAAGUCUCAGUCAUUGGGGAGCUGUGCAAAUGCCAAGUCUGCCAUGAGACUAGUAGCAGCAAUGACUGGUCCACCUCAUCCAUCAAUGGAUCAGAUGCUGAGCGUCUGCUCUGGCAAGCCCUCCACAGUGCAUACCAUAAUGGCCGACAGUAAAAUAAAUUGUCCCGC